AUGUCCGAGCCACUCAGAGAAGUACGAGAUGGGUAUAUGAUAUCUCUUAGUUUCGGAACACCCUCACAAGUUAUUCAAGUGUAUAUGGACACGGGGAGCGACCUAACUUGGUUGCCUUGUGGCAACUGGUCGUUCGAGUGUGUGGAUUGCGUCAGGGACUAUAGAAGUAACAAACUUAUGUUAACGUCUACUUUUUCUCCUUCGUUGUCUUCUUCAUCUGUUAGGGACUCUUGUUCGAGCCAUUUAUGUAUUGAUGUUCAUAGUUCUGAUAACAAUUAUGACACUUGCACCAUGGCCGGGUGUUCAUUGAGUACCCUUAUGAAGGGAACAUGUUCUCGUCCAUGUCCCUCGUUUGCUUACACUUAUGGAGAAGGAAUUGUAAUUGGUGCCCUAACUAGGGAUACCCUAAGAAUCCAUGGAGGUAAUCCUAGUGUGAGUAGAGAGAUUGAAAAGUUUUGUUUUGGUUGUGUUAGCACCACUUAUAGAGAGCCUAUGGGAAUCGUUGGAUUUGGUAGAGGUCCACUUUCUUUGCCAUCCCAAUUAGGGUUUCUCCACAAGGGUUUCGCUCAUUGUUUCUUGCCCUUCAAGUUUGCGAAUAACCCGAAUAUGACAAGUCCAUUAGUCUUGGGAAAUCUUGCAAUCUCUUCUAAGGACCAUUUGCAAUUCACCUCGAUGUUGAGGAGCCCAAUGUACCCAAAUUACUAUUAUAUCGGCCUUGAAGCUAUAACAAUCGGAAAUGCUAGUCUAGCUUUAGUUCCCUCGAGCUUAAGGGAGUUCGAUACAUUAGGCAAUGGUGGCAUGCUAAUAGACUCGGGCACUACUUAUACUCACUUGCCAAAACCCUUAUAUGACAAUCUUAUUUCUACGCUCCAAUCCAUGAUAACUUAUCCUAGAGCCAAUCAUGUGGAGGAACAAUCCGGAUUUGAUCUUUGUUACAUAGUCCCGUGCCCAAACAACACAUUUGGGGAUGACUAUGUCUUCCCAUCAAUCACCUUUCGAUUUUUGAACAACGCGAGCAUAGUGUUGCCUCGAGGAAAUCAUUUCUAUGCUAUGGGCGCACCGAAUAACUAUUCCGCGGUUAAAUGUUUGUUGUUUCAAAGUAUGGAGGAUAGUGAAUAUGGGCCAGCCGGAGUGUUUGGGAGCUUUCAACAACAAAACAUGGAGAUUGUCUAUGAUGUGGAGAAAGAAAGGAUCGGAUUUCAACAGGCCGAUUGUGUUUCUUAUGCUACUACUUAUCAAGGACUUCACAAGGCAUAA